UUGACACUUGACAUUGACAGGUUAUCAAACAUGGCUGAUGCAGCAGCAGCACGUCGUGAGGCACGAAGAAAAAGAAUUUUAGAAAAUUCUCACAAUAGAUUGCAACUUAUAUCAGGCAAAAUCAAUGAUGAUUGUUGUAAAGAUUCUCUUCGAACUCCUAUGCUUGAUCAAAAUGUUGACGUACCCCUUAUAACAGAGGUUAAUACAGUUAAUACGUGUUAUGCAAAUAAUGGAUUGUCAGUCAGUAAUUUGGAAACAUUUACAAGUGAGAAUACAGAUGUGCUCAAUGACUUGACAUCUUUUCUACCACCAACACCCGAACAUUCACCAUCACAAGACUCAUCGUUAUUCGGUAAACUAGUCGAUAAUAAAUAUGACAUAGUUCUAUUAUCAUUAUUUAUGCAAAUACUUAAUGGACUGUCUAUUAUUAAAGUGGAACAAUCAUAUUUUUUUCUACCAUUAGCUUUAUAUGUUGCCACUAAGUUGUUCUUUUUUCCCAAGGAAAGUAAUUCCAGUAUUGCUAACACUCUUUUACAAAUGCAAGGAAUUUCAGCGCAGAAUGUAAAAGUAAUAUUAAAUGUAAUGCAAUUGUUUAUGGUAAUUUCAAGAGAUGUUUGUGUGUUUUUAUUUACAACUAUAUGUUUACAAUCAAUUCACUCCAUGUUAAUAGAUGUAACCACAUAAUGUACAAUGCAAUACAAUCACAUUUAAUCUUGUGAAUGGAUGCAUUGUACAAACAGCUCUUGUUAUUGUUUUGGGGCACUAGGGAAGUUUGGAAACGGUAAUUACAAUGGCUUGUGCCUUUGAUGAGAGAAUUUGUGACAGGAGUGUAUACUUUAGUCACUUAUUGCCAUUUUAGUUUUAAUAUAGUGCAUUAAUUUUUCAUUAACAAGGGAAACCAGAUAUGACUAUAAUAUAAAAUCAAAGUGUAUUCAAAUGAACUUCCAUUAUUAUUAAUAUGUUAAAUCAGUUGAACUUGGAUAGGUGAGAGUGUACGAGUGAAAAAUUUUACACUUAAAGAGGUUUCUCUCUAACCUGAGUUUCUUGCUUGCGGAGGUUGUCUGUCAGGACCAUACAAUGACUCUUGUUUAAAGAGUUUUCUUAUCAUAUUCUCUUUUAUCCAGGUUCAACUGUAUUCAGAGACUGUAAUGUGUGUUUGUAUCUAAUCCAUUAUGACUUCCUGUAGUCUUAUAGCUGGAAUGACUUUGUAAAGUGAGGUGUCUGUUUUAAAUUAACUUACUGAAAUUAAUUUGUUUUUUCUCAUCUGAUAACAUUUAUUCACUUUAUGUGCCAGUUCUUUAUCAUCAAAUUGUAACAAGAUUUCAUGUAUUUUUAUAUUUUUAGAUUGUAUAUUAUAAAUAAAAUUAAUUUAUGGCUAGUAUGAAUAACUCUAUGCCUAUGCAAGCAUUGGCUAUAAUAUAUUGCAUUUAAUAUUUAAUGCACAGUUAUUUCAACUGCUGUAUAUUUUUAUAUGUACAUUUUAAUACUAUUCUGAUAAUGUUUAGUUUAACAUUCAAAAGCUGUAAUGUAUUAUUACUUUCAGUGCCACCAAUUUGCCUGGAACUUCCGUAUGAACAGUUUAGUGGUAUGGAAUGUGUAAAAUUUAAUAAAAUUGUAUUGCCAAUUGAACCUUCAAUGUCAGGUCAGCUUGAAAUAAAUUUGUAUACAUUAAAACAAUUAACUUUUAUAUAACAAGCUCUGAUAAUUGUGUUACAUUUUGACUUCUCAAACCUUACUAACUACUGGAUGUUUAUCUGUUAGAUUUCUUAUCCAAAGUUCUGAAAGAAAUCGGGAAAUAUCAAUAAGUUUUAUAGUUCGGGUAUUUAAAUUACACUGUUUCUUCUUUUUAAAUGCAAAGUGCCUUGUCCAUUCUUAAUUUAUUAAAUUCUACAAUAGUUUAAAGUGAAAAAUUAGUUAAAAUGUCCGAGCUCUAAAUUUAUAGUUUUAAACUUUCAAUUUAAAUUAGGACAAUACAAAAUAAAAGUCCAUUAUGCAGUAAAAAGUAUAAGAAUUACUAAUAAAUAUAUUCUAAGGUGUUUGUACUUGAAUUGUAAUAUAAAUAAUAGCUGUAAAAAUCAGCUUUUAUCUUAUAAAUUGUUGUUUCUGUAUGUAAUGAAUUUCUUAAAGCGUAAACUCCGUAAAUAUGUACCAAAGAUGUUAAUAUCACUAAAAUCUGUAACAUUCACUGUAUAUUAAUUUUCUUUUCAAAUUGUUAAAUGUGUGAUGGAAUUCAACCAUUUCUGUAAAGUUAUGAUCACCGAUUUUUAUACAUGUAAAAUUAAGUGGGCAGAAAUACACCUAACCAAAUGUUAAUAAAAUUGUUUUAUAUGCCAAUAAAAGCGACAAAAUUGUGUUGUGUGUGAAAAAUUGUAAUUAAUAAAACAGAACAGAUUUUAUUUCAAUUAUAUUUUUUA